GCAGGGUCUCAGGCUGCUGCUGUGACGCGUCUACUCCGCGUAGCUUCAUAAUUUCAGCUGGUAAGCAUAUCCGCCAAAACCACAAACCCUAAUCCGGACCUGCGAAUACCGCCACCAUGUCUGGCUACGAAGUUGAACACAACAUCUCCACCGACGACAACAAGUCGCAACAACCCUCGCGCCGACCGGACCUCUCGACCUUCUUCUCGCAGCUUGAACUGGUGGACACGUCGGAUCCCAGCGCGCAUACGAACGCCAAUGCUUUACCGCAGCCCGAGAAUAUGGCGGCGGCCUUCCGCUUGCUUGCCAAUGCUUUCGAGACCAUGCGCGGACGACCGGCGGACGAGAACAACGAACACGGGGAUCUGUUAGCGAGUAUGAUCGAGAUGCUCCGCGAGAAUGCCGACGACCCGCCCACAGAACUGAAGGGAGUUCCAAACAGCUUCCUGGAUGAAUUGGAGCGCGUACCAAAGAAAGCGCUGAAGCCUUCUGAUACCUGCCCAAUCUGUGUGAACCCAUUCCUCGAAGACAAGUAUCCACUCGUAGUCCGGCUGCCCUGUCACGACGAUCAUCGCUUCGAUCUGGACUGCAUAGGACCUUGGCUCAAGCUGAACUCCACAUGCCCUCUUGAUCGCAAAGAACUGUUGAAGAAGAAACAACCGCCGCCACCGCCUGCGGAUGAUGACGAAGAAGACUAUGAUGAUAUGUACGCCUGAAAGGUCUCACCCUGCGUUACGUUGCAUCGGAGUUUGGGAAUACCAGCAGAUAGCGGAUGAACAUAGAUGAUCUCGAUGGAUCAUGCGCACACGCGGAACCUUCCCGGUAUUGACAGUGAUCAUAUGCGGUAGGAAAUUAAGCGGUAGUUUGGCGCCAGCCUUCGCUUCCAACUCAUGGAUCAAAUGGAAUCCAAAACAUCUCCCCCUCCUUUCUGACUGAACAGGU